AUGAGAAUAGAACGGGUGACAUGGCUGUUACUGCUGUCGCUUCUUUAUGUGCGUGGCCAGAACCGAAGAACUUGGGGCCACAGUGGACCGCUCUAUGAGUCCACAAAGCAGCUAAUAGCAGGCCAAAGCUCCAAUGCUGCCAGGAUUUGGAACGAGACUCAGCAGGCGAUCUACGAGAGAACCGAGCGGCUUCAGGUGGCCAAGGACACGCUGGAUGACCAUCAGCGAGGGGUCAGUGCCCGCCUGGAGGAGUUCUUCGGGAGUGAGUACAGCGCCGAGUGGAGUUCCUGCUUCAAGAAAUACGAACUCCAGGUGGCCCACUUCAACCGGGAGCUGGUGGACAAGUACAGCAUCUGCCGCAAUUCCCUGGACCACAUCAUGGACCACUUCCAACAGGAGAUCGUGCCGGAAGUCGAGUUCCUUCGCGGAGCUUCGCUGGAGAUCGCUGAGUUGUCCAGAAGCUGCCGCACUUGGCAACUGAAGCAGUCCGGUUUCAACCACGCCGGAGUCUUGCUCUGCACUGUUUCCGGAAUUGGGAGGAUCAAUCAGAGGAUGACCGGCUGCCUGGAGCUUUGCGACGACAUCCUGCUGGAGAUGUCCAUGGAGGAUCUGGACACACCAAGCUGCCUCUUCUACCAGCACCUGAAGAUGGAGUUCGAUGAGGUCUUUGCUGAGAUUGAGCUGUGUGCGAUGAACUAAG